AUGCUCGCACCCCUCAUUCCCCACCUGUGCAUGCUCGCACCCCUCAUUCCCCACCUGUGCAUGCUCGCAUCCCUCAUUCCCCACCUGUGCAUGCUCGCACCCCUCAUUCCCCACCUGUGCAUGCUCGCACCCCUCAUUCCCCACCUGUGCAUGCUCGCACCCCUCAUUCCCCACCUGUGCAUGCUCGCACCCCUCAUUCCCCACCUGUGCAUGCUCGCACCCCUCAUUCCCCACCUGUGCAUGCUCGCACCCCUCAUUCCCCACCUGUGCAUGCUCGCACCCCUCAUUCCCCACCUGUGCAUGCUCGCACCCCUCAUUCCCCACCUGUGCAUGCUCGCACCCCUCAUUCCCCACCUGUGCAUGCUCGCACCCCUCAUUCCCCACCUGUGCAUGCUCGCACCCCUCAUUCCCCACCUGUGCAUGCUCGCACCCCUCAUUCCCCACCUGUGCAUGCGGUGGGCCACGGAGAGAGGGAAGAUGGAGUCAUAUGUGUAA